AUGCCACCGGCCGCUGCCACACCGGCACCAAAACAACAGCAACAAGCGACCAUACCCAACCCGCCACCGAACCUCACCCCCGCCGAAUUACAGCUAUGGGCCAUAGAGUACCAGCAAAAGCAGAACGCCUUGCAAUCGAGACGAAACCCGUCCCGCAAGGAGAACUGGGACAAGAUUUAUGAGUCGUCGAGGAAGGGGAAGAGGCACGGGGUUAAAUUGCCUGUGGAAUAUCGAACGCAAUUCGUAGAACCGUACGACCACUUUCUCACCAGCCUGCUCGACUGUUUCUUUGCACACUCAGUCGAACUCGACGUAGAUCGGCUGAACCCAAUAAUAGACGAGGCGCGGCGCUCGGCGCCGCGAGGAACGGGGUGGACCGUCUGGCUGUCGACGGAGGCCAGAGAGAGAUAUCGAGACGCGAAGCAACUUGUUGCUGAUGCGAAAGUCACGCAUAGCGAGAUGGUGUAUGUUAUGCUGAAGGUGCAGGAGCGUUUCGGAAGGCAUCAUAUUGGACGCGAGGAUGAUUGUGGGCAGCUGGAAUCACUGAACUCAGACGAAAAGGAUGCGGAUGUGAAGCCAGAGGACCAUUUUGAACGCGUUGUCGACUCAGAGCGGAUGUCGCAAAAGUCGCUUCUGUUGCCCGAUUUGCGGGACACAGUGGAAGAACAGCGCUCUGCUGGCCCAGAAUGCGAGCCACUUCCACCUUACGGCGUCAAAAGCGCGGCCAUGCCAACCAUGUCUGUGACCACGUCUACGUCGGAUGCUAGUGAGGCCUGUCCUUCCACACCACGAUAUACGUACGAAGCACCUUCCAUCACGCCAACAGAUCACGAGGAGAUCACCGCUCCUCCAUAUAGGCAGGCGCCUGGAGCAGGCGAAGCCACCACAGAACCUCUACCGCCCUAUCUGCACGAGGAUUCGCCACGGCUAGGCGCUUCGGCUGACCUGCCUCCUUUGGAUUUGGACAUGGAGGUGGGCUCAGUGAGGUCAUUAGAGUGGGGCAUCUCGCCAUCAUCCGCGUUCAAUCUUUUGCCUUCCGCCACUCUGUCGAUGGAUACGAUGUACAGCGGCACCGUCGAUGGAUCAUUUUGCAAUUAUUUCGACGACGCAACAUUUGCUCAAUCCGUCCAGCCAUCAGCAAGCGAAGGCUACACCAACGCCGUGCCAUUAUUAGACCAGAGCGAGGCGGACCAGUACCCGAACGCCUUCGGACUGCAGGAAGUUUUCGAUGAACCACUGCCUUCAUACGAGUACUCAAUUGCCAAAAGUUCUGAUAGCAUGGAUUUCGGUCACGAUAAUAAAGCCGACAUGGACAUAGACCUCGACACCAAAUGGGAUGCCUGGCUGCGCAUGGACGAUGAGGACGCCUACAGCCAGCCAGCUGCAGAAGAGCAUAUGGCAUAUUCCUCAUCACACGCAGAGAAGCAGCGGCUGGCCGAACGCUACAUGGUUACGGACGGUGAAGCCAUAAGCCAUCCAUCCAUCUCGUCGCCAUUCCCAGGCUUUUCCGCGGCCACGCAUGAUAUGCAAGUCGACCCCAGCAUCGGUGCACUCCCCGCCGAUAUCCCAUUCGUCGUUGACGAUCCAUCCACGACACAGUGGAUCGACGAUCUCCUCAGCGGCGUCGCUACCUGUGCGUCAUACCCAUCCUCACUCUAUAACCUCGACUACACCGCUCCAACUACCCUCGAUUACACCGCUCCAACCAGCACCCUUCCACCACCCGAGAUGGACUGGCAUCUUGGUAUCGAAUUUGGAGCAGAACGGACAGGCAUCGUGAGAGGCAUAGGGGCAUCAUCCAGCACUUCUACCGCCCCACCACCAGCGCCGUCGCUGUCAUGGGGGUUGGACGAGAUGGGACUGGAUGUGGAUGUUCUGUCGGAGUAUACGUUGCUCACGGAUGCGGAUUGGAUGGCGCAUCAGAGUACGCGUGCGGAGGAUGGAAGGGGCUACGGGGCGAUGGCGAAGGCGAAGAGGCCGGUGAUGGGUGGGCGGUGGUCGGGGCUCACGAUGGACAUGGGGUUGGCGCUUUUGGAUUUGAAGUUGGCGCUGUUCGAAGGCUUCCGGAUCCCGGUCCUCACACCAAGUUGCAGCUCGGAUUUGGCAGGUUUGGGACGUCGUCACACGGUAUGGCCAAAACGGAGAGGGACUCUGAUGAGGGGAGGCUUGCAAGCGGCGGACAGAGGCCCAGAGUGA